CAAUGUCAACAAACUGACAGUUUUCAUUGUAAAUUGAACAGUGAUUUCAAGAAAUCGAGAACAGAUAUGCACAUUCAAUCUGUUGAUAAAACAUCAUUCAUCGAAAAACUACCAUCAAGAAAUCUUGUAUUGACUACAGCUGUCGUUACUUUGGGAUCUGCUUAUCAACACGGUUAUUACACAGCUUGCUUGAAUGCACCUCACGAUGAAUUCAGAGCCUGGAUUGCAAGGUACUUGAGAAAACAUGGAAUGCACUAUUUAGCGGAUUGGGCAAUAUUCAUUUUUUUUAUAUGGGCUAUAGCAACGUCACUAUAUUUCAUUGGUGGUGCUUUCGGAUCUCUUCUUGCAGGAUACAUAAUCGACAGAUACGAUCACACUGCCGUUGUGAUGAUAAGUCUCAUAUUAAUGAUAGCUCCAGCACUGAUCAUGAUUGCAGCAUAUUUUUCGGGAAUAACGCUGCUUUUUAUGCUUGCUAGAAUUGUUCUAGGACUCAUAUCAGGAAUGUUCUCUUGUGCUGUGCCCAUAUAUCUGGCAGAAAUCGCGCCAAAACAUAUCAGAGGUAUGAUUUGUUGUUGGUACAAUGUAGUGUACGCCAUUGGUGUUGGAUCUGCCAUUUUUUUCGGAAAUCCCAACUUACUUGGCGAUGAUCCUUGGAUAAUCCUGAUGUCUAUACCGCUACUACCGAUGGCAGUGCAGAUAGCAUUGAUGAGAUUCUGCCCAGUAUCUCCAAGAUUUUUACUUAUCAAGAAAGGCAAAUAUGAAGAUGCCUUGAAAGUUCUGAAAUGGUUGAGACGCACCGAGACCUUGGAUGCUCUUGAAAAAGAACUCGAGGAAAUAUCGACUGAACUGGAAGACUAUUUUCUGUAUAGAGCAGUCAGACAUGUCCACUGGGGACAGCUGUUCACUCUGCACUACAUGCAAAAGCCAAUGCUCAUUUCGAUUAUGAUGAUGUGCGCUCAGCAGAUAUGUGGCAUCAAUGUCUUUCUCCUAUAUUCAUCUGCAAUUUUUGAUGAUACAGGACUGCCGACUGAUUAUGGUGACAUAGCAACACUUAUCAUGGGUGCUCUCUUCAUCUGCCUAUGCGUGCUGUCGUUUUUAUUAAUUGAAAUAGCUGGGAGAAGAAUGCUCCUAAUUUACGGUUAUGUUGGAACAUUUGUAUUUUCUUUUGCGCAUUACGUGUCAUCCUUGUAUAAUGUAACGCAAGAAAUUUGUGUUGGUGCCGCCACUGCGUUAUUCAUAUGGUUUUUCGUAGUGCAUUAUGUACUAGGACCUCAUUCGAUACCUUGGUCAAUCGUUCCAGAAUUGUUCAAUCAAGCCUCAAGACCAAAAGCCAUGGCGAUUGCUGUAUUCAGUAACUGGACGAUGAACAGCUUGGUUGCUAUUCUGUUUUGGCCUGCGGCUGAAAUCUUGGAUGCACAUGUCUACCUAUUUUUUCUUAUUCCUCAAAUAGUAUUCUUCUUCUUGAUAUUGAAAUAUGUUCCCGAAACAACAAAUAAAACAAUAACAGAAAUAACGGAAAUCUACAAGUGAUAGCCUUUAGGAUGAAAGGAGUAUUUUUCUUUUACCUAGUGGGACUGAGAAUAGCUACGCUAGUUAAGCUUUUGUUGAGUUACAUCUCAAAUUGUUAUGAGUUUAACAUGAAUUUAGUUUAGAAUAUUAGUGAAUAAUAAUCUUCUUUUAAAACCAA